AUGUCUACGCCCGUCGCUCCGCAGCAGGCUGGGCUUUCCACCUCGCCUUCGGACCCGCAAGUCGAGGGCUCGGCGGUGGAAGAAGUCCCUCCCGGCUUCAUCGUCGACAAGGCGGUCUUCGGGGACCUACCAAUCUCCUAUCAUCCCUUGUUCAAGCUCUUUCGAUGCGAAAGUUGCAAGAAGACCACGCUCAAUAUGCGCGGACACUAUAGGCCCACCGGCACCCGCGUCUACAAACAUCGCGGAAUACCUUCAACGUUGAUUUCGUCCACACUCGCAAAGUAUCCGGAGGAGGAUCCGCAACGAUUCAUCCCCCAUCCCUUUCCCCUCGAUUAUCGCUACCCGCAUCACAUUCAUGGCAUACAAACCGCUGUCGCGGGAUACAGGUGUCACCUGUGCUCAUACACCGCCGCUUCGGAGAAUAACAUGCGGGGCCACUUUUUCAGGAAGCACUUUGUGGCGAAGCCGAAAACGGGCGGUCACUACAGCGCUUGCGGCGACAUCCAGUCCUUCGGUAACCUUGCGCGCACCGGCCCUCGCUGGUUCCCCUCAUCUCCUCCAUCUCUGGCUGUACCAGCUGAGUCCUCCUCGGCGCGGAAGCGGGCGCGGCCGGAAUCUGCGGCAAUCGAACAAUCUCCUCCUAAACGGUCGCGGCGCCUUGCGCUAUCGUCACAGCCUGAACCGGGCUCCGUGCCCGCUGGUGACUCUUCCGGGGCGAACUUCGCAACACCGGUCCGGGCGCAAUCCUCAUCCAUCCCUUCCUCCUCAUCCGCGCGACUGCCCUCACUGUCCGCGCAGGCAAAAAUCAUCGCUGGACGCUCGGCGCGCAUUACACACGCCUUGUCCGGUGCUAUCCCUUCCAACGCCGGCGGUCCCUCCAACCGCAUCAUCCCUCCCACUCCCUCCCACUCGCUCAUCCCAUCCCGCCUCGGGACCUCGAUUGACCCAUCCCGCAUCGCGCCGGCGCAUGCUCUCAACAGCUCCUUACCCGGGGAGACAAGUGGCACCGCCCAAGUAGCCGUCGACCAGGUGCGGCAUUCAAUCAAGGCGCCGACCGAGGCGCAUCAGCCGCAGCGGGCCGGAAGCGGGGCCAACCCAAGCCGGACAGAACAGGAGAUUCGGGACGAGCUCCGCGCGGCUCUGGCGCGAACGCAGGAUCAUAAGGCGGAGCUCAAGCGCAUCGAGCAGCAGCAAAGAGAAAAGGCGCAAGCAACAAGGGACAAGGCUCAGGCGGAGAAGGAGAAGGCGGCGAGGGAGGUCGAGGAGGCAGAAAAGGAAGCCAAAGCAAGGGUGGAGAGUGCAAGGGAGACGGCAAAGGAGAAGCUGGAGAAGGCAGAGGAGGAGGCGAGGGCGGAAGCGGAAGCUGCUAGGCGGCAGGCGGAGGACAAGAUGCGGAGGCUCAGAGAGGCGGCAGACGAAGAGGUCAAGAAAGCCGAGCGAGACGCGCUGGAGAGCGUACAGCGGGCGAAAUGUGCGUCAGGGAAGGCGCAGGCAGAGGCGGAGGCGGCGAAGGCAUUGGCUGAGGGGGUGAAGCUGGAGGAAGAGGAAGAAGAGGAGAUCAUCUUUGUCGGGAAUCGGCAGCGGGGAGAGGGAAGUGGGAAGCAGCCGUUCUCGGUGCUGGGUGAUGGGGAUGAUUCGGAAGUGGAGGAGGAGGUUGAGGUUUAG